AUGAAACUGUUACGUGAGCCAUUAACAUAUUGGCCUGAUGCAUGUGCUGCUUUCAAGCGCCAUGAAAAUGUUCCCAAUGGCAUACAUAGUGAUGCUUUUACCUCACUGAUAAAUGCUGUUGAAGGUAAAUCCCAACCAAUUGAUGUCUUAAUUGACAACCAAAGGAAAACUGUUGUAUUAGAAAACCGAAAAAAACUGAUUCCCAUUAUAGAUGCCAUCAUAUUGUGUGGACGGAAAGGUAUUGCACUAAGAGGACAUCGUGAUGAUGCUAAGUAUCAUUCAGCUCCAGGGGAAUAUUCAGUACGGAGAACUGGCAAUUUUGUAGAAUUGCUGAAUUUUCGAGUUCGAGGUGGUGAUACUGAUUUAAAAGAGCAUUUAUCAAAAAGCCCUAAAAACGCAACAUAUAUUUCCAAAACCACUCAAAAUGAUUUAAUAAAUUGUUGUGGUGAAGUAAUAACUAAUAAAAUUGUUUCUGAAAUUAGGAAGAAUAAAUUUUUCUCUGUCCUGGCUGAUAAACUUUUAGAUUGUUCUAAUAAGGAACAACUUUCUUUAGUAAUCCGUUAUGUUGAUUCAAGUAGAAAUAUCAAGGAAGAUUUUCUUAAAUUUCUUCAUUGUAAAGAGGGUUUAACUGGUGCAGAUUUAGCCCAGCUGAUGUUGUCUGCUCUGCAAAAUUUAAAUCUAGAUUUUAGUAAUUGCAGGGGCCAGGGUUAUGAUGGGGCUGGUAAUGUUGCUGGACAUUUAAAUGGUUUAUCAGCUCGUCUUCUGUCAGUUAACAAAAAGGCUAUUUAUGUUCAUUGUCAUAGCCACCGUUUAAACCUUUGUGUUGCUAAAUCUUGUUCCAUUACGCUGGAAGAAAAUUAA